AUGGACGGUCCUCUCCGCCGCCCAGCGGGGAUCCUUGGCUCCCCCCCGGCUUCUGGGAGCCAGCCUGCGGGCUCAGACUCGCUCAUCUCUGGCAGCAAACCUCUCGCUUUCUCCAUCGACCGGAUUAUGGCCCGGACUCCGGAGCCCAAGUCGAUAAUCCCGCUCCCCAGAUGGUUCCAGCCCGCUCCUCCCGCGGGGAAACCCGACCCGGCCCCGCUGCACUGCAUGAUCCCGCUGCUGCCGCUCGGGUAUGAGACCGGACACCGGAUCAGCAUCACCGGGCUGGAACCGGGACACUUUGACGCCUCUUCUCUCGCGGCUCCGGCAGACUUUCUGGGUUUUGGGCUGAACUAUAAGCACGGUCCCCCGCAGGAUGAGUCCUCUCCGGGGCAGUACAAGCUGUUCCGGCCGCGCGUCGUGAACCAGUCCCAUUUCCCCGCCAUGGGCACCGUGUGCUACCUGAACUGCACCGGGGACACCGGAGGAGGAGGGUGCGCGCCCCCCGGGCUCGUGAACCUGCACCCCAUGGCCUCCUACCUGCUCAGCGCGCGCCACAAAGCCCUCAUGGCGGAGAAGAGCGUGAAGCCGGGGUUACAGCAGCAGACGGAUCGGUACCCGGUGAGUCAGAGUCAGAUCCAGAACUACAUGAAGGACCACAUCCUCACUGAGAAGAUCUUCAAAGGCUCCGCGGCGGCGGCGGCCCGGAUCCAAGGCUCGUGUCCCGGGAACAAACCCAAAGUGUUCACCUGCGAGAGAGUACAGUCAGGGAGUAGAGAGUACAGUCAGGAGUACACAGUACAGUCAGGAGUAGANGGAGGAGGAGGGUGCGCGCCCCCCGGGCUCGUGAACCUGCACCCCAUGGCCUCCUACCUGCUCAGCGCGCGCCACAAAGCCCUCAUGGCGGAGAAGAGCGUGAAGCCGGGGUUACAGCAGCAGACGGAUCGGUACCCGGUGAGUCAGAGUCAGAUCCAGAACUACAUGAAGGACCACAUCCUCACUGAGAAGAUCUUCAAAGGCUCCGCGGCGGCGGCGGCCCGGAUCCAAGGCUCGUGUCCCGGGAACAAACCCAAAGUGUUCACCUGCGAGGUCUGCGGGAAGGUGUUUAACGCGCACUACAACCUGACGCGCCACAUGCCCGUGCACACAGGCGCGCGGCCGUUUGUGUGCAAAGUGUGCGGGAAAGGCUUCCGACAGGCGAGCACGCUCUGCAGACACAAAAUCAUACACACUCAGGUAGGACACACACUUCUAGUCACAUCAAAUACAUGUGUACAUUGUGUAACUUUUUUGUGUUAUGUGUGUGAGUUCUGCGGGAAGGGAUUUCAUCAGAAGGGAAACUACAAGAACCACAAGCUGACGCACAGCGGCGAGAAGCAGUUCAAGUGUGCGAUCUGCAACAAGGCCUUCCACCAGGUGUACAACCUCACCUUCCACAUGCACACGCACAACGACAAGAAGCCCUUCACCUGCCCCACCUGUGGAAAAGGCUUCUGCAGGAACUUUGACCUGAAGAAACACAUGAGGAAGCUGCACGACCUCAACACCGCGCAGCCCCCCCCGCAGGCCUGAACCAGGCACUACAAACACUGAAACUGAACUCAAGUCCUGGUCUAUGGAGCCCUGAAGGUGUUAGGAAGAAGAAUAUUUUAAUUUAUUAGGAACUUUUGCCCCUAAGUGACCAAUCAGUGUGCUUCGUUACCCUGGUUCCAGUCAUCUGGAUCCUCUAAUAUGUGUCUUUUGGUGCAGAAAAUCACAAAAUCCUGCUCUCAGGCGGCUUCAUUUAGACAC